AUGAUGAGUACUAAAAGAGCAAACAGCCCACAGCUAGAGUUGAAGCUCAACCUCUCGCCACCGAGGUCAAACGGCCGGGAAGGUGUGCUCGAGACGUUGGAGUACACAUCUCCCCCUUCAUCGCACGAGAGCUCUUGCUUCUCAUGUGGGCCUACUGCUGCUGAUCAUCAGGCCACAACUAAAGCAAACAGUUUUGGGUACUCGAGCAGCCUGGAGUCGACGGCCGUGACGUCGAUGGUUCUGGUCGGGUGCCCUCGGUGCCUCAUGUAUGUGAUGCUUUCCGAGGUCAGCCCCAAGUGCCCGAGGUGCAAGAGCACCGUCUUGCUCGGCUUCCUCAACACCGAACUUCACGGCUCAAAGAAGAGCACGAACUGA